UGAAAAGGUCUUUGAGAGGCCUGGAAAUCAAGAGUUACAAGAGCUGAGACAAUCAGAGGUGCAUCCCCACCCAGUGAGCCCUUUUUAUUGUAGAUUCCUGCCACCCCUCUCCAGUCGUGAUUCAGAGGCUCCGAUGCAGGUGGUUAAGGAGGGACCCUACUAUGCUGAAUAGUUAGAGAGGACUGCUGGCCUCAAGAAUCCCUACACCUCAGGAUGAUCUGAUAAUGGAGCUGAUUGGUUACAGCCGUCACUUACCUCGGAGAGGCCCAGGGCCCACCGCUCACCACUACACCGGGGCCCAGAGGCCAUGGCCUGCCUCCAUGAGACCCGCACACCCUCCCCUUCCUUUGGGGGUUUCGUGUCCACCCUAAGCGAGGCGUCCAUGCGCAAGCUGGACCCAGACACUUCCGACUGCACCCCCGAGAAGGACCUGACGCCUACCCAGUGUGUACUCCGAGAUGUAGUGCCGCUCGGGGGGCAGGGCGGGGGCGGGCCCAGCCCCUCCCCAGGUGGAGAGCCGCCCCCUGAGCCUUUUGCCAACAGUGUCCUGCAGCUGCACGAGCAGGAUGCUGGGGGCCCAGGGGGAGCCACUGGGUCCCCUGAGAGUCGGGCGUCCAGAGUUCGAGCAGAUGAGGUGCGGCUACAGUGCCAGAGCGGCAGCGGCUUCCUGGAAGGCCUCUUCGGCUGCCUGCGCCCUGUCUGGACCAUGAUUGGGAAGGCCUACUCCACGGAGCACAAGCAGCAGCAGGAAGACCUUUGGGAGGUCCCCUUUGAGGAAAUCCUGGACCUGCAGUGGGUGGGCUCAGGGGCCCAGGGCGCCGUCUUCCUGGGGCGCUUCCAUGGGGAGGAGGUGGCUGUGAAGAAGGUACGGGACCUGAAGGAGACUGACAUCAAGCACCUGCGAAAGCUGAAGCACCCUAACAUCAUCACCUUCAAGGGCGUGUGUACCCAGGCUCCCUGCUACUGCAUCCUUAUGGAGUUCUGCGCCCAGGGCCAGCUGUAUGAGGUGCUGCGGGCUGGCCGCCCUGUCACCCCCUCCUUGCUGGUUGACUGGUCCAUGGGCAUUGCCGGUGGCAUGAACUACCUGCACCUGCACAAGAUUAUCCACCGAGACCUCAAGUCCCCCAACAUGCUAAUCACGUACGACGAUGUGGUGAAGAUCUCCGAUUUUGGCACUUCCAAGGAGCUGAGUGACAAGAGCACCAAGAUGUCCUUUGCAGGGACAGUAGCCUGGAUGGCCCCUGAAGUGAUCCGCAACGAGCCUGUGUCUGAGAAGGUCGACAUCUGGUCCUUUGGUGUGGUGCUGUGGGAACUGCUGACUGGUGAGAUCCCCUACAAAGACGUAGAUUCCUCAGCCAUCAUCUGGGGUGUGGGAAGCAACAGUCUCCAUCUGCCUGUGCCCUCCAGCUGCCCAGACGGCUUCAAAAUCCUGCUUCGCCAGUGCUGGAACAGCAAACCACGAAAUCGUCCAUCAUUCCGACAGAUCCUGCUGCAUCUGGACAUCGCCUCAGCUGACGUACUCUCCACACCCCAGGAGACUUACUUUAAGUCCCAGGCAGAGUGGCGUGAAGAGGUAAAGCUGCAUUUUGAAAAAAUUAAGUCAGAAGGGACCUGUCUGCACCGCCUAGAAGAAGAGCUGGUGAUGCGGAGGAGGGAGGAGCUCAGACACGCCUUGGACAUCAGGGAACACUAUGAGCGGAAGCUGGAGAGAGCCAACAACCUGUACAUGGAACUUAAUGCCCUCAUGUUGCAGCUGGAGCUGAAGGAAAGGGAGCUACUCAGGAGGGAGCAAGCUUUAGAGCGGAGGUGCCCAGGUCUGCUGAAGUCACACCCUUCCCGAGGCCUCCUGCACGGGAACACAAUGGAGAAGCUCAUCAAGAAGAGGAAUGUCCCACAGAAGCUGUCACCCCACAGCAAAAGGCCAGAUAUCCUCAAGACUGAGUCUUUGCUACCCAAGCUAGAUGCAGCCCUGAGUGGGGUGGGGCUUCCUGGGUGUGCUAAGGGCCCCCCCUCACCAGGACGGAGUCGCCGUGGCAAGACCCGUCACCGCAAGGCCAGCGCCAAGGGCAGCUGUGGGGACCUGCCUGGGCUUCGUGCAGUUGUGCCACCCCAUGAACCUGGGGGACCAGGAAGCCCAGUGGGGCCAGGAGGGGGACCCUCAGCCUGGGAAGCCUGCCCUCCAGCCCUCCGUGGGCUCCACCAUGACCUCCUGCUCCGAAAGAUGUCUUCGUCGUCCCCAGACCUGCUGUCAGCAGCAUUGGGAGCCCGGGUCCGGGGGGCUACAGGGGGAGCUGGGGACCCUGGCUCACCACCUCCAGCCCGGGGCGACACCCCGCCAAGUGAGGGCUCAGCACCCGGCUCCACCAGCCCCGAUUCACCAGGGGGAGCCAAAGGGGAGCCACCUCCACCAGUAGGGCCUGGUGAUGGUGUAGGGCUGCUGGGAACUGGAAGGGAAGGGACGGCGGGACGGGGAGGAAGCCGGGCUGGGUCCCAGCACUUGACCCCAGCUGCACUGCUGUACAGGGCUGCUGUCACCCGAAGUCAGAAACGUGGCAUCUCAUCAGAGGAAGAGGAAGGAGAGGUGGACAGUGAAGUAGAGCUGACCUCAAGCCAGAGGUGGUCUCAGGGCCUGAACAUGCGCCAGUCGCUAUCUACCUUCAGCUCAGAGAAUCCAUCAGAUGGGGAGGAAGGCACAGCUAGUGAGCCUUCCCCCAGUGGCACACCUGAAGUUGGCAGUACGAACACUGAUGAGCGGCCAGAUGAGCGGUCUGAUGACAUGUGCUCCCAGGGCUCAGAAAUCCCACUGGACCCACCUUCCUCAGAGGUGGUUACUGGCCGGGAACCCAGCUCCUUGCCCAUCCCACACCACAACCUACUCAGAGGGGAGCAGGGCCCUCCCAACUCUGAGGACUCAAGACUGUGACAGCACUGAACUGGAAAAUGCCAACAGUGGUGAAGCCUUGCGGCCCCCAGCCUCCCUCCCUCCAUGAAAGCCACUCUUAUCCUUGUACAUAGAGAAAUAUUUAUAUAAGUAAUAUAUAUGCGCCACAUAAUCAACAAAGACAGGGCUAUCCCAGCCUAAGUCUGGCUCAAGGGAGACGGACCCCUGACCAAGUCACCUGAUAAACUCUAGGGACACUGGCAGCUGUGGAAAUGAAAGACAAGUACUGCCCUAGAGAUAUGGGUAAGGGCAAACUGGCCCCUUCCUGCUUCACUCCAAUACAUUCAGCAAGUGGUGAGGCAACAGAAAAGCCAAACUUGCCUAGUUUCCUCUCUAUUCUUUCUGCCUAAACCCUGAGGAGCAGGAAAGGGAGCCAUUUAGACUGCACUUUUUUGUUUUCCGUUUACUCUGUUUACACAUUUUGCACUUGGGAGGAGGGAGGCUAAGGCUGGGUCCUCCCCUCUGAGGUUUCUCAGGUGGCAAUGUAAUUUCUUUGUCCCUCCAUCUCUCUGCCCAAGCGCUGGCUUAGGGACUAGGGGGAGGCCAGGAGAUUGUGAAAGCAUGUGAUGGCUCAGGCUGAAGAACUGGGGUGUUGUUUUAAGUCCCUGCUUUUAUCUUGGUGCCUGAUUGGGGUGGGGACUGUCAUAUUGUAACCCCUGUGAAAAAACCUUGAAAUAUAACCACUCCAUGCAG